AUGAUGUCAGCCGGAUUUCAAUGGGGUGGAGUACCCAAUAAAGGAUUAACUCAAGAACACUCAACAGAUAAAUCUACUACAGAUUCUCAUAUUCCUCGUUAUGGUUCGUCAUCGUCAUCAUCAUCUUCAUCAUCAUCAUCAUCGUCGUCGUCGUAUGCAUUAACAUCAUCCUCUGCAUCAUCGUCGACAACGCCACAUCAAACAAUAUCACAUUCACCUCUUGCCACCACAUUGAAAAAGAGAAAACGAGAAGAUACUUCUGAUGUAAACUUACCUAUCAAUAAUGGAAUAUCAUCAAAAAGAUUUGUUCAUCCUACAGCUUCAAGUAAAUAUAAGAGAUCAAAAACUCCAAAAAUUAUUGGACAACCAUUGCCACUACAUCGAUUAAUCGAAUCCCUAGAUAAAUCAAACCUACAAAAAUUAGUACAAGAUUUAAUCAUCAUUCACCCAGAAUUACAAUCCACCAUGUCAAAAAUUGCCCCUAAACCAACUAUACAAGAUUCUUUAGAUCUUUUACACGAAAAGUUUAAUAUGAUUAUAUCUCAUUUACCGUAUAAAUGUGAUGUUGAAAGUGAUUAUUCAUAUUUAAGAAUUAAACCUCAUUUACAAGAAUUUUUAUCAUGUGUUUCUGAUUUCAUUUUGAAUUAUUUGCCUCCUUUAGAAAGUAAUAUGAUUCAUUCUUUACAAUUCUUGGAAGAAGUUACAAAAAUGAUUAUUCAUAAUUUGCCAAAUUUUACCAACCAAGAAUUUCAAUACACAAAAUCCACAGCAUUGGAUCAACUUGCCAAUUGUUGGUUAAUUGUAUUGAGUCAAUCUGAUAAUAAUGGUGAAAAAGAAGAUGUUGCUGCUGAUAUUGGUGUUGUUGUUAAAGUUAUUCAAGAAUUGGAACUUUUAGAAAAAUUACAGAAACAUAAUGAAGUUUCUUUGAAUAAAUUUCAAAAAGUUAUUGAUUAUUGUAAUGAUAAAUUAGAACAACAUGAAUUAAUAAUCAAUAAUGGUAAUGCUGCUUCAGUUAAUAAUAAUGGUGCUGUUCCGGCAUCCUUGAGUGAUUUAAUUUCGGUUGAUUAUUCAAAGUAUUCACUUACAAAUACAUCAUCUAUAUAA